CCUCUGCAGUCGGUAAGUGUGAUGGCAGUUUGAAUGGGAGAGAAAUCUGCUACUAAUCCUCUCUCAUCCCUUCUUUAAACUUCACAUUACAGCGCACGGUGAGACCCGGGCUUCACACCAGAUUUGACCGUACCGGUUAAAAACGACCUAAAGAAGAAAAUGUACGCCUGUGCAAAGUUCGUCUCCACGCCGGCUCUGGUCCGUGCUGGUUCCCGGGCUCUUUACAGACCUCUGUCUGCCUCUGUGCUGUCCAGACCUGACAUCAAGUCAGAGAACAGCGUAGCUGUGCUGCCACAGAGCCCCCUCACCCAGCUUACACUGAGGGGCUUCCAGACCAGUUCUGUCAGCAGGGACAUUGACACCGCCGCCAAGUUUAUCGGAGCUGGAGCUGCCACAGUCGGAGUAGCUGGAUCCGGUGCUGGAAUUGGGACUGUGUUUGGCAGUCUCAUCAUCGGCUAUGCUAGGAACCCAUCUCUGAAGCAGCAGCUGUUCUCAUAUGCCAUUCUGGGAUUUGCCCUGUCUGAAGCUAUGGGGCUGUUCUGUUUGAUGGUUGCUUUCCUUAUCCUGUUUGCUAUGUAAAAUAUCUGCUGUCAUAUGACACAUUCAUUACAGAUGUGACUACAUAUUUUAUUGUGGCUACCAAAAUUGUUCCGUGUUGGUGUCAUGGAAAUGUACAUUUUCAAGUCUCUCGGACACUGUCAAAAUAAGCAAUGCAUGUAUUGUACAAAUGUAAGAAAUUACGUGAUUAAAAUACAUGUAUUUGACUAUUUAAUAAUGGCAGUAAGUUCUAUUUCUGGAAUAUCAUGCUAACAACAGGAAGCCUUCAACUUCAUGAAUGUCAUCUUUUAAGUGAAGGUGUUCUCAGACUUGCUGUGCAUCAGCCUUGUUUUUUGUCUCAGCAUCAUGUGCAAGGUUUUUUUUGGAGGGUCCACUUAUUGAGUUCUUGGUUCAGCUGCAGUUAAAUAAUAAUGUAAUUAGGUAGCAAGUCAGUGCUUGCUUUUGUAAAUUGCAUUGAAUAAAUCUAGACCAUUUAAUUAAGUUAAAUAA